UUUAAAAAAAAAAGAUGGAAUCGAGCCCUGCCGAUAGCUCUAUCUCCAAGGCCAAGCUGCACGAGGCGUUCGACGUGCUGCCGAACCUCAUUGAUGUGUUGAAGGAUGUGCUGUCGGCCAGCUCCACUCAGGAGACCAUGAGAAUCGGAGAUGUCUCGGCCUCGGCGGUGUCGGUGAAGCAGAAGUACACGGACGCGCUGGAGCUACUACGCUCGCUGCCCGGCACCGACACCUCGCUGGAGGAGCAGGAAAAAGCCAUUGCAGAUGCGAAGGUAGAGCUCAAGCGCAUAUCCGAUGUUGUGGAGCUGUACAGCAACACGCUGUACCGCGGAACGGACGAGCCACGCGCAGAGAUUAACGACGCCUUCUCCCGCAAGAGUCUUCUGAAAUGAGAAAAAGGCUUUCAAUCUUUUCAAAUAGUAAUGUAUGCAGACAAUUUAAAACCUCCAGCUAUUCUUCGGUUGCAGGAGACAUCGCUUGUA